AUGGCUGCGAAACCGACACGGGUGUUCAUGGAUAUCACAGCAGAUGGCGAACCUAUCGGACGACUUGUAUUCGAGGUUAGUCUAAGAGUUGAGAGUUCUCUGAAGGCUCUUCCCAUCAUGUUUCAGCUGAACACGAAAGUCUGCCCAAAGACAAGUGAAAACUUCCGUCGGCUGUGCACUGGCGAGAAGGGAUACGGCUAUAAGGGAUGUCACUGGUAUCGGAUCGUACCGGGAUUUUGUGCUUGCUCAGGCGAUUUCGAGACCCAAAAUCAGGAUCGUAAAGGCGGUCACAGCACCUUCGAUACGAAAUACUUUGAUGAUGAAAACUAUGAUAUCAGUCAUGAUAAAAAAGGUAUACUUUCAAUGGACAACUUUGGUUGGGCUAACACCAAUUCUAGCCGGUUUUUCGUUACUUUCACCGAUACCCCGUGGAUGGAUAACUUCCAUGUCGCCUUUGGUGAACUCGUUGAAGGUUUCGACGUUCUAGAUAAAAUGGAAAGCUAUGGUAUACUAGAAGGAGCAGGAGCUCAAAAAGGUCGCACCUCCAAGCUGGUGGUCAUCUCCAAUUGCGGAGAGCUAUGA